CCUCGCCGUCUCUUCCUUAUACAAGCCCCCCCUGACGGUUACCGAACAGAGGGUGACAGCGCUUCGUCGGAGACGUAGCAAGUGAGAAGAACGUCAACAAUGGGGGUGAAAAUCCGAGUCGAAUACUGCGGCGGAUGAGGGUACGAACCCCGCUAUCGGGAGCUCGCCAGCACCGUGAAGGGCGAGUUUCCCGAUGCGGAUGUGUCGGGCUUUGUGGGAAGGAGAGGCAGCUUCGAAAUCGAAAUUAACGAGCAGCUCAUCUUCUCCAAGCUUGAGGCAGGGGGCUUCCCAUACGAGGAUGACAUCAUGGAUGCAAUCCAGAAAGCCGUGGACGGGAAACCUGUGCAGAAGAUCAGCAAAAGCCGCCCCCCCUGCGUCAUCAUGUAGCUCCCCUCCUCUGAGCCGCUGUAACAUCUGCAGCAUCACGGAGGCGGUGGCUCCCUGGCCAGCUACAUCCAGCCAGGGUGACUGACCACGGGCUGCUCUCUGUUUAUGCAUCUUGUGUCGUCUGGCUCCUCUCUCUGCUCCUGUCAGCUGCUCCAGGAUGUUAAUGAUUGCUCUAACUUGAAAUCCUAAAAGUUAGGGUAUGAUGAAAGCGAUCCGGGGGUUCUAGCCGUACAGGAACAGAGACCAGGAGAGGCUGUCACAGAUGUGGACGAGGGAGUGUGCUUAUUUAGGCCUCAGCGCCUGGCCUGAGUGUCUGUUUUUUUUUCUAUCAAACUGUUUUUUGGUUUUAUUUGUCUUUCGUGCAGGUAGAAACUUUAUUGGCUACAAGAAAUUACAAUAACAAAGAAGUAGGAAGGGAAACUACUGAUGUCUUUGCACAGCUCUGUUGAGCAACUUUUCUUCUUUGUGGGUAUUUAGUUGUGGUUCACCGGCUUUAAACUUUAAAGUGAGCUUGAACCAAGUGUACCUAUUUUUUUUUUUUCAUCCGUUCUAAAAACGUAUCUUUAAGUCAAACUUGGUAAAUACUCUGCUCCAAAAAUCGGCUGCAUACCUGAGUACCUUCAUUCUUUGCUGUGAUAGGAUGUCAUGUGUCCUUUUCCACUUUAAAUGAGGUUGAAACUACAGACUUUUAAUAAAGCGAAUCCUUGACUACA